UGCUGCCUUGCUGUUUCUUGCCAGGAAGAAGCCAUGGCUGCUGCUGAGGAUCUCCUUGAUGAACUGACUUGUCCCAUUUGUCUGGGCUAUUUUGAAGACCCUGUCACCUUGGCAGGAUGUGGGCACAAUUUCUGCCGGUCAUGCCUGACUCAACUAUGUGGAGAAAGCGAGAGACAAGCUGCCUGUCCCCAGUGCAGAAAAGGCUUUCAAAUAGAGAGCCUCACUGCAAACCGACAGCUGGGGAAUGUGGUGGAGAUUGCCAAGAAAAUGCAGGAAGGGAGAGAGAAGAGAGGAGAGGGCCACCUCUGCCAGAAGCACCAGGAGCCCCUGAAGCUGUUCUGCAAAGAGGAUGAAGUCCCCAUCUGUGUGGUGUGUGACAGAGCCAAGGCGCACAAGGGCCACGAGGUUGUUCCUCUCGAAGAGGCUCCCCAGGACUACAAGCUUUUGAUGGGUGUUCGUCAGGAUGAUCUGGUGAAGGUGAGAGAAAAGAUUCUGGAAUAUAAAGCAGAGUCAGAAAAGGAAGCCCAAGACCUGUUUAAGCAGACAAAAACAAAAAUGGAAACAACCUUACAAGAAAUCAGAGAAAUGCAGCAGUUUCUGGCUAAACAGGAGAAACAUUUCCAGGCCCAGAUGGAGGAGUUGGAGAAGCAGAUUGCAAGGAAAAGAGAUGAACACUUGAUCUUACUUACCCGGGAACUUUCCUCUCUGGAAAGUCUCAUCCAGGAGACAAAAGAGAAAUGUCAGCAGCCACCAGCAGAACUGCUGCAGGAUGUGAGGAAUCUCUUGCAGAGGUGUGAAGCAAGAAAGGAGUUCAAGAAACCUGAUGUUUUUCCUCUUGAGUUGAAGUGGAAGAUCUUGGACUAUGGAGAUAUAGCUCUGCUUCUGGAAGUUAUCAUGAAACAAGUCAGAGAUGAGUUAAAAUCUGGAUUUACACUACAGAAAGCAACUGUAACUUUGGAUCCGGACACAGCUCAUGACCACCUUAUCCUGUCUGAGGAUCGUAAAAGUGUAACAUAUGGAGACGAAUCUCAAAACUUGCCGGACAAACCGAAGAGGUUCAAGAAAACUUUUUCUGUCCUGGGAUGUGAUGGAUUUACAUCAGGCAGACAUUUCUGGGAAAUCUGUGUGGGAGAAGAGGGCCAGUGGCUGGUAGGAGUUGCCAGAAAGUCUAUAGAGAGAAAGGGCGACAUUGUCUUUGGGCCUAAGGGGGGAAUCUGGGCUAUAGGGAAGUGGGAUGGCGCAUAUAAGGUUACUAACGAUCCUGAGUUCACACCUCUGUCUCUGAACAGUGAGCUCAAAAGGGUUCGAGUGUCUGUGAACUAUAUUGGGGGCCAGGUGGCCUUUUACGAUGCUGAUACAGGAGUCCAUCUCUAUUCAUUCUCUGGGGCUCCAUUCAUAGGAGAGACACUUCUUCCUUUUUUUAAUGUGUAUGAAGAAGGCUAUGUGAGGAUUUCUCCUUAAUGUAGGCAAACAAGUUGUCUACAAAUCCUGCAAGAUUACAAAAUGGAUUAAUGCUUUGGAUUUACCUCCUGUAAAGGGCAGAGGUAGUGCUUUUGUGCUGCGGUUCCCAAAUGGUAUUCUGUGGAACCCUAAAAUGCUGCAAAAGCAUAGUAGGGCCUCCAUAAGAAGUCUUAAAAAUCAAAUUUAGAACAGAUUUUAAAAUAAAACUACAAACAACUAACUAUUUGAUUCUAAUGAGAAGGAAAGGGGAGCACAGACAAUAUCCAAAAGCCUUUUCAACUGAUGCUUGCACCAAAGGUAUACUUGUUUUUAAUAUGACAACUGACCACCGUAGUUUUAAAUAUAGUUGUUAUUUUAAAUGUGUUAUUGUAAUUAUGAACUAUGAUAUUUUACUGAUUGUAUGUUUUUAUGGUUGUAAACCGGGCUGAGUCCCUCUAAGAGGUGAGAAGCUCGGUAUAGAAAAC